CCUUGCUGACACAGGAGUGUUCCUGCUGGCAGCGAUCUAAUCACAGUGCAGGGAGAAACAUGGCAGUGUGAGCAGACAUGGUGGAGACCGCGGCCGAGAUGGAAGCCUAUGUUCUAGAAGACAUUCUUGAGGUGGAGUCUUUCAUUUUGGAUCAGGAUGAUUUGGAGAAUCCGAUGCUGGAAACAGCUUCUAAGUUGCUCCUGUCGGGAACUGCUGACGGGGCAGAUCUCAGGACAGUAGAUCCUGAGACACAGGCUCGGCUUGAAGCUUUGCUGGAAGCUGCAGGAAUAGGCAAAUUAUCGACUGCUGAUGGUAAAGCCUUUGCAGACCCUGAAGUGCUCCGGAGGUUGACGUCAUCUGUCAGCUGUGCGUUGGAUGAGGCAGCUGCUGCCCUUACCCGGAUGAGAGCGGAGAGCACAGCGCACGCGGGGCAGCCAGACAACCGCAGUUUAGCAGAAGCCUGCUCAGAAGGAGAUGUGAAUGCCGUGCGGAAAUUGCUCAUCGAAGGGCGAAGUGUGAACGAGCACACUGAGGAAGGCGAGAGCCUCCUUUGCUUAGCUUGUUCUGCUGGGUACUAUGAACUUGCACAGGUUUUACUGGCAAUGCAUGCAAAUGUGGAAGAUAGGGGAAUCAAAGGUGACAUUACACCUUUAAUGGCUGCUGCUAAUGGAGGACACGUCAAAAUUGUGAAACUGCUGCUAGCUCAUAAGGCCGACGUCAAUGCACAGUCUUCAACAGGCAACACAGCUCUCACAUACGCCUGUGCCGGAGGCUAUGUGGAUGUGGUGAAGGUGCUCUUGGAAUCCGGUGCUAGUAUUGAGGACCAUAACGAGAAUGGUCAUACUCCUUUGAUGGAGGCUGGAAGUGCUGGGCACGUGGAGGUAGCCAGGCUGCUGCUGGAAAACGGAGCUGGCAUUAAUACGCAUUCCAAUGAAUUUAAGGAGAGUGCCCUUACCUUAGCUUGUUAUAAAGGACACCUAGAGAUGGUGCGGUUUCUUUUGGAAGCAGGCGCUGAUCAAGAGCAUAAAACAGAUGAAAUGCACACGGCUCUCAUGGAGGCUUGCAUGGAUGGCCAUGUUGAAGUAGCCAGGUUGCUUCUGGACAGUGGUGCCCAAGUGAACAUGCCUGCAGAUUCCUUUGAGUCCCCAUUGACUCUGGCUGCGUGUGGGGGACAUGUGGAGCUGGCAGCUUUGCUUAUUGAGAGAGGUGCAAGCCUAGAAGAGGUCAAUGAUGAAGGGUAUACGCCUCUGAUGGAAGCAGCUCGGGAAGGACAUGAAGAAAUGGUGGCAUUGCUUCUCGGGCAAGGAGCAAAUAUCAAUGCACAGACAGAAGAAACUCAAGAAACUGCCUUGACUCUGGCUUGCUGUGGAGGCUUUCUGGAAGUGGCAGACUUUCUAAUUAAAGCCGGAGCUGAUAUUGAGCUGGGUUGCUCCACGCCUUUAAUGGAGGCUGCCCAGGAGGGUCAUUUGGAGCUAGUUAAAUACUUGCUUGCUGCAGGAGCUAAUGUUCAUGCAACGACAGCAACAGGAGACACAGCACUGACAUACGCCUGUGAGAAUGGCCACACCGACGUGGCAGAUGUCUUACUUCAGGCAGGAGCAGAUCUGGAACAUGAAUCUGAAGGUGGAAGGACUCCUUUAAUGAAAGCUGCAAGAGCUGGUCAUGUUUGUACUGUACAGUUCUUAAUUAGUAAAGGAGCAAAUGUGAAUCGAACCACUGCUAAUAAUGACCACACUGUGCUGUCGCUGGCGUGUGCGGGGGGCCAUCUGGCGGUGGUGGAGCUGCUCUUGGCUCAUGGGGCAGACCCCACUCACCGGUUAAAAGACGGAUCGACCAUGCUAAUAGAAGCAGCAAAAGGCGGCCACACGAGUGUCGUUUGCUAUCUCCUAGACUACCCAAACAACUUGCUCUCUGCCCCGCCUCCAGAUGCCACUCAGCUCACGCCCCCGUCCCAUGAUUUAAACAGGGCACCUCGUGUACCGGUUCAAGCCCUGCCCAUGGUUGUCCCACCUCAGGAGCCUGACAAACCACCUGCCAGUGUUGCUGCUGCUCCUCCCGUUAGGAGUAAAGCUGCUUCUAAACAAAAGUCCAGCAGCCAUUUGCCAGCAAACAGCCAGGAUGUACAGGGUUACAUCACCAAUCAGUCUCCAGAGAGCAUUGUAGAAGAGGCUCAGGGAAAGUUAACAGAGCUGGAACAGAGGAUCAAAGAAGCCAUAGAGAAGAACGCACAGCUGCAGUCCUUGGAACUGGCUCACGCUGACCAACUGACCAAGGAGAAGAUCGAGGAGCUGAACAAAACAAGGGAGGAGCAGAUUCAGAAGAAGCAAAAGAUUCUGGAGGAGCUGCAGAAAGUGGAGCGGGAGUUACAGCUGAAAACGCAGCAGCAGCUAAAGAAGCAGUACCUGGAGGUCAAAGCUCAGAGAGUUCAGCUCCAGCUCCAGCAGCAGCAGCAGCAGCAGCAGCAGCAGCAGCAGCAGCCUUGCCAGCACCUGGGACUCCUGACUCCUGUCGGGCUUGGAGAACAGCUCUCCGAGGGAGACUAUGCUCGCCUGCAACCAGUGGAUCCUGUGUUGCUUAAAGAUGAGCCCCAGCAGACUGCUGCCCAGAUGGGCUUUGCACCCAUCCAGCCUCUGGCGCUGCCUCAAGCUCUGCCUCUGGCAGCAGGUCCCCUGCCUCCGGGCUCCAUCACAAACCUUACAGAACUGCAAGGAGUGAUAGUUGGACAGCCAGUGCUGGGCCAAGCACAGUUGGCAGGGCUGGGGCAAGGAAUUCUCACAGAAACACAACAAGGGUUAAUGGUAGCCAGCCCUGCUCAGACCCUCAAUGACACGCUGGAUGACAUCAUGGCAGCAGUCAGUGGAAGAGCGUCUGCAGUGUCCCACACUCCUACCCACAGUGUCGCUGCCUCUGUUUCCCAGCCUCAGACUCCAGCUCCGAGCCCCGUCAUCUCUCCUUCAGCCAUGCUACCCGUCUUCCCUGCCAUCGACAUUGACGCACAGACUGAGAGUAAUCAUGAUACUGCCCUGACACUCGCUUGUGCUGGUGGCCAUGAGGAACUGGUCCAAACCCUGCUGGAGAGAGGCGCUGGUAUUGAGCACAGAGACAAGAAAGGUUUUACUCCACUCAUCUUGGCUGCUACAGCUGGUCAUGUUGGUGUUGUGGAAAUACUGCUGGACAAUGGUGCAGACAUCGAGGCCCAAUCAGAAAGAACAAAGGACACACCCUUGUCCUUGGCUUGUUCUGGGGGCAGACAGGAGGUGGUGGAGCUGCUAUUGGCUAGAGGCGCAAACAAGGAGCACAGAAAUGUCUCUGACUACACCCCUCUGAGCCUGGCUGCUUCGGGCGGCUACGUGAACAUCAUCAAGAUACUGCUAAAUGCAGGAGCUGAGAUUAAUUCUAGGACUGGUAGCAAAUUGGGCAUUUCUCCACUGAUGUUAGCAGCUAUGAAUGGGCAUACAGCUGCAGUUAAGCUCCUGUUAGAUAUGGGCUCCGACAUAAAUGCUCAAAUAGAAACCAAUCGAAACACUGCCCUUACUUUAGCCUGCUUCCAAGGGAGAACCGAGGUGGUCAGUCUUCUGCUUGAUAGAAAAGCAAAUGUGGAACACAGAGCCAAGACUGGCCUCACACCAUUAAUGGAAGCUGCCUCUGGUGGAUAUGCAGAGGUGGGUCGAGUUCUUCUGGAUAAAGGUGCUGAUGUCAAUGCCCCUCCGGUGCCCUCCUCAAGAGAUACAGCUUUAACCAUAGCAGCAGAUAAGGGGCAUUACAAAUUUUGUGAACUUCUCAUUGGCAGGGGUGCUCAUAUCGAUGUACGUAACAAGAAGGGGAACACACCCUUGUGGCUGGCAGCAAAUGGUGGACACCUUGAUGUGGUUCAGUUACUGGUGCAAGCAGGUGCAGACGUAGAUGCAGCAGAUAACCGCAAGAUAACACCCCUCAUGGCAGCAUUUAGAAAGGGUCAUGUGAAGGUGGUGCGUUACCUAGUGAAAGAAGUCAACCAGUUUCCAUCAGACUCUGAAUGUAUGCGGUAUAUAGCAACCAUCACUGAUAAGGAGAUGCUGAAGAAAUGUCACCUCUGCAUGGAGUCCAUUGUGCAAGCCAAAGACAGGCAGGCUGCCGAGGCCAACAAGAAUGCCAGCAUACUCUUAGAGGAGCUGGACCUGGAGAAGUUAAGGGAAGAAAGUCGGAGGCUAGCUUUGGCUGCCAAAAGAGAAAAGAGAAAAGAGAAGAGAAGAAAGAAAAAGGAAGAACAAAGAAGAAAACUAGAAGAAAUUGAAGCCAAAAAUAAAGAGAACUUUGAACUCCAAGCUGCUCAAGAAAAAGAAAAGCUUCAAGUUGAAGAAGAGCCUGAAGUCUUGACAGAGCCUCCAAGUGCCACCACCACCACCACCAUAGGAAUCUCUGCAACCUGGACCACUUUGGCAGGUUCCCAUGGUAAAAGAAAUAAUACCAUAACUACAACCAGUUCAAAGAGGAAAAACAGGAAAAGUAAAAUUACUCCAGAAAAUGUUCAAAUUAUAUUUGAUGAUCCACUACCAAUUUCAUACAGUCAGCCAGAGAAGGUGAAUGGAGAGUCCAAAAGCAGCAGCACCAGUGAGAGUGGGGACAGCGAUAACAUGCGGAUUUCCAGCUGCAGCGACGAAAGCAGCAACAGCAACAGCAGCCGCAAGAGUGACAAUCAUCCUCCAGCUGUGGUCACUACACCCGUGGCCAGCAAGAAGCAGCCCUCUGUUCUUGUCACCUUCCCCAAGGAGGAGAGAAAGUCAGCUUCGGGCAAAGCUCCUGUCAAAUUGUCAGAGACUAUCAAUGAAGGGACCAGUAAUUCUCUAUCUACUUGCACAAAAUCUGGUCCAUCUCCCCUUUCCUCUCCAAAUGGGAAAUUAACAGUAGCAAGUCCUAAGCGUGGGCAAAAGAGGGAAGAAGGAUGGAAAGAAGUUGUAAGAAGGUCAAAGAAAGUCUCUGUUCCGUCAACUGUGAUCUCUAGGGUGAUCGGCAGAGGAGGCUGCAACAUCAAUGCCAUUCGGGAGUUCACUGGCGCCCACAUAGACAUCGAUAAGCAGAAGGACAAGACAGGCGACCGCAUCAUAACUAUCAGGGGUGGCACUGAGUCAACACGACAAGCAACUCAGUUGAUCAAUGCUCUAAUCAAGGAUCCCGACAAAGAAAUUGAUGAGCUUAUCCCAAAGAAUCGUUUGAAAAGCUCCUCAGCAAGUUCCAAAGUCGGGUCCUCAGCACCUACCACCACUGCUGCUAACAGCUCUUUGAUGGGAAUCAAAAUGACCACUGUCGCGCUGUCCUCGCCAUCACAGACUGCCACAGCACUCAGUGUGCCUGCGAUUUCUUCUGCAUCUACCCACAAAACCAUUAAGAACCCAGUGAAUAACGUGCGGCCUGGUUUCCCCGUUUCCCUUCCGCUAGCGUACCCUCCUCCGCAGUUUGCACAUGCUCUGCUUGCUGCUCAGACUUUCCAGCAGAUCCGUCCACCCAGGUUGCCCAUGACUCACUUUGGAGGUACUUUUCCACCAGCUCAGUCCACUUGGGGUCCUUUUCCUGUCAGGCCUUUGAGCCCUGCCAGAGCUACUAACUCGCCUAAGCCUCACACGGUGCCUCGCCAUAGCACUCAGAGCAGCAGUGGUUCUCAGGUGAACUCAGCAGGCUCUUUAACGUCAAGUCCAACAACCACCACCAGUUCAUCAGCUUCAACGGUGCCUGGGACAUCUACAAAUGGCAGUCCAAGUUCUCCUUCUGUCAGAAGGCAGCUUUUUGUCACAGUUGUGAAGACAUCCAAUGCCACCACCACCACUGUCACUACGACAGCAAGCAACAGCAGCACCGCCCCCACCAAUGCCACAUGCCCUAUGCCUACUGCCAAAGAACACUACCCAGCAUCAUCUCCAUCGUCCCCAUCACCACCAGCCCAGCCAGGAGGGCCUUCCCGAAACAGCCCUUCGGACUGUGGAGCAGCCUCUCCUAGUAAAGGGGCGUCUUCCUCUGAGCAGGAGGCCGGCAGUCCUCCAGCAGUGGAGGCCACCAGCAGUAGACCUGCCACCAGCAGCAGCUCUGCUGGGAGCUCCUCAGCUCCUUCUGCUCAGCAGCAGCCUCCGGGACCUGCCUCCCAGGAGCCAAGACCACCUCUCCAGCAGUCUCAGGUUCCUCCCCCGGAAGUCAGGAUGACUGUUCCUCCGCUGGCCACAAGCUCAGCUCCCGGGGCAGUGCCUUCGGCUGCCCCAGUGACUUACCCCACGCCUCAGACACAGGCAGGAUGCUCGCAGCCCCCCAGAGUGGAAGCCCCUGCUGUCAGGCCUCCCUCUCAUGGUCACGGCACAGCUGCCCCCCACAAGAACCCAGCUUCAGUGCAGAAUUCAUCUGUUGCAGUCCUCAGUGUCAAUCACAUAAAAAGACCUCACAGUGUUCCCUCCUCUGUCCAGCUACCUUCAACCUUAAGUACACAAAGUGCUUGUCAGAAUUCAGUACAUCCAGCAAAUAAGCCUAUUGCUCCCAAUUUCAGCGCCCCCUUGCCAUUUGGGCCCUUCAGCACACUGUUUGAAAACAACCCCUCCUCUGCCCACGCCUUCUGGGGAGGCUCUGUUGUGUCAUCUCAGUCGACACCAGAGUCCAUGCUAUCAGGAAAGUCCUAUUUGCCACAUUCAGACCCUUUGCAUCCAUCAGACACCUCCAAAGCUCCAGGGUUUCGACCGUUGCAGAGACCUGCGCCCAGCCCCUCAGGUAUUGUUAAUAUGGACUCACCAUAUGGUUCUGCAACACCUUCUUCAACACAUUUGGGAAACUUUGCCUCAAACCUUUCGGGAGGUCAGAUGUAUGGACCUGGAGCACCUCUUGGAGGGGCCCCUGCAGCUGCUAAUUUUAACAGACAGCAUUUCUCCCCCCUUAGUUUGUUGACUCCAUGUUCAUCGGCAUCAAGUGAUUCUCCCACACAGUCAGUAUCCUCUGGAGUUCGUGCACCAUCUCCUGCCCCAGCAUCAGGACCAUUAGGGUCCGAAAAGCCCAGCAAUGUCUCUCAGGACAGGAAAGUUCCAGUCCCCAUUGGGACUGAACGUUCUGCUCGCAUCAGGCAAACUGGAACUUCAGCUCCGUCUGUUAUUGGGAGUAAUUUGUCCACAUCUGUGGGGCACAGUGGCAUCUGGUCCUUUGAAGGGAUUGGUGGCAAUCAAGACAAAGUAGACUGGUGUAACCCUGGGAUGGGAAACCCUAUGAUUCACAGGCCAAUGUCUGACCCAGGAGUGUUUUCACAACACCAGGCAAUUGAGCGAGAUAGUACGGGGAUCGUAACUCCUUCUGGUACAUUCCAUCAGCAUGUUCCUGCAGGAUACAUGGACUUUCCUAAAGUUGGGGGUAUGCCUUUCUCUGUGUAUGGGAACGCAGUGAUUCCUCCAGUAGCACCCAUCCCUGAUGGGACUGGAGGAGCCAUCUUCAGUGGCCCUCAUGCUGCAGACCCUUCUUGGAACUCACUGAUAAAGAUGGUGUCAAGCUCCACAGAAAAUAAUGGUCCUCAAACGGUGUGGACUGGACCCUGGGCGCCUCACAUGAACAGUGUGCACAUGAACCAGCUGGGCUGAGGAGGGUCUACUUGUUAGCCUGCAGAUUCCUUUUCAUUCAGAGGAAAUCACAAGUGGCCGAAAAAAAAAUUUUUAUGCUCCCAAAUCAUUCUACUGAUGUGCUUGACUGAAGUGUGUAGGCUUUUUGCAGAAGAACUUACUAACUGACCUAUUUUCUGUGAACAUUUGUGACUGCCCAUUCCCCAUCAUCAUCCGUUUUACUUUAGUUAGCCUUUUUCUUAUCAAUUUUCUUUUCUUCCCCUCUUCCCCUUUGGACAUAACUUUCUGUUGAAGCUGUUCCUUGGCUGGUUGAUUUUAGUACUGUAAACUGCUUCUGAGCAAACACGGAAAUUUAGCAGAAUUAUGUAAACUUGAUCCUGAAGUUUUAGAAUGGCAAAUAAAUGUACGAUUGUUUACAUAACAGAAAAGGCUUAAGCAGAAAGUAAAUUUCAGUAUGUCAGUAUAGAGGCUCUACUUCACGUAGGUUUAAAUUAAUGUGAGACAUGUCCCUUCAUGCUCGGAGUCUGGGUGUCUCCUACGUGCAUUAAACUAUUAAUCAGCAUCCUUUUUUCUACUUGUGUAAUUGAAGCAGAAAGUACAACGGAGGGCAUUAUCAGUGGACGUCUCCCUGUGCUAGCUUUUAAAAUACCCAUCUUGCUUCCUUUGGGGCUCACUUGUAGCAAGGCACAUAGAAGAAAUUUCUGACUUUUCCAUGUCUGUUCCAUCCUCACAGUUAGCACUAAUACUCUUGUCUUCAGUUUCUUCUCUCCUUACCUUUGCCUCCAUUACCAAGAAGAUUCUCUUGCUUGAUAGUGAAAAAAACAAAAAGGAAUCCUGUAAGGGUUGAUUUUCACUGAAAUGGCUGCUACACAGGAAGAGGGAGUAUCUCGGUGUGGCCAGGCUCUUAACAGCCACAAAGCACCGAGAAUUGUUUAAGACACUUCAAAGCCACCACUGUUCCCAGUCAGCACAGCACAGACAAGCUCGCAACAUACUGUUUGGUUAAACAAUUCGUGUAUUUUACAUUGGAUAGUAACUGAUUCUUCACGUGACUUUCUAGUCAUACAGAGUCAGCAUGAAUACUUCCUUUCUUGGUGACUGGUGGGAAGCAUCUUGUUUCUUCAGUGUGAAAGGCUCUCGCUCUCUGUACCAUCACUCCCAGUGCAAAGGAUGAACAGCUAACGGGCCAAGUCAUAAAAGAAGUUUGGGUUUGUCAUUAAGACAAUUUGUGGUAUAUACAUGAAUACCCAGAUUACAAAAUAAAGUCUCCAUUUAACCUGUUGAUAUGUGAUUCAGGGCCACACUAAACUACUCAGUGGGAUUUAUAUAUUCCAUCCACUUGAAACAAUAAACAAUAAUGUAUCCAA